AGCUGCCCCACGGAGCUUCCAACCUCUCGCCUCUCGACCACCAUCUUCCACAUACGUCCAACUCGGCUGGGCUAGACCUGCAUCGCGAAACCGGUCGCCGACCAUCAGCUCCUCCUUCGCGAAUCGUCGAUAACUUCUGCGCGUUGUCUGGCUCCCGGAAGCCCAGCGCCAUGACCGACCCCUGACACGAAACUUGAGUGAUCAGCUGCAGCGUCACUGCGAUCCCGUCGCCCCAAGCUUAUUCUCUCGGCGGCUGCGGCUGCCAGCACAGGACCAUGUGGCUCGACCGUCUGGCCGGCGCUCCUGGGAGCACAUCUGGCCAGUCCACACCACAGCCUGGCAGCAGGCCGUAUUCGCCUCUGCCCCGCAGGACCUCGAGCACGUUGAGCCCGUACGUCACAUCUCAGCGCCCCGGUCACUCGCCCCGGAGCUCCUCGCUGUCCCUGGUCUCUAACGACUCCUCUACGUCGUUGCUCGCCUCCGCGCGCCGCCCGAAUGGUUCGGGUUUGCGCCAGUCCUCGACCAUCUCCGAACUCCCCGACCCGCUGGAGACUCUUGAGAAGCUCCUCAGACCUCCGGAAAGCCGCACGACGCCUGCCGAAGCGCAUACGAGAGCGAUCACGGUGGAUGAUGUCGGCUUGUCGGUCAAUUUCGGCGGCUUGACCCUCAAGGAGCUCGUCGAGUCAGCAGUCGAUGACGACGUGGCCGUGAGCGGCCGGAGCCCGCAAACCAUAUCAGAGUACCAGAAAGACAAGUUAAAAUUCGAAGACUUACACAGAUCCAUCGCCGCGUGCGAUGAUGUGCUCAGCUCCGUUGAGACGAAUCUGGAGAGCUUUCGCAACGACCUCGCAAGCGUGUCGGCCGACAUCGAGUCUCUGCAGGCGCGGUCAGCCGCUCUCAAUCGCCGUCUGGAAAAUCGCAAGGUCGUGGAGAAAGCAUUGGGUCCGUUGGUAGAGGAGCUUAGCGUUUCCCCGGACACCAUCACUAAGAUAUCUAGCGGCCAUAUCGACGAGUCGUGGACCAAGAUGCUCUCCGAGGUGGAUAGAAGAGCUGUGGCGCAAAAGAAGAAGAGCGCGUCCGGAGUUCCACAGAACAAGGCGUCUGAAGAACUCGGGCCGCUCCUGGACAAGCUCAUUCUCAAGGCCAUUGAACGUAUCCGCGAUUUCCUGGUGGCCCAGGUCAAGGCACUACGAUCCCCCCACAUCAACGCGCAGAUAAUCCAGCAGCAAAACUUCCUCAAGUUCAAGGACCUCUUCACAUUCUUGCAUAGGCACCACGAGACGUUGGCCGAGGAAAUCUCACUGGCAUAUAUGAACACCAUGCGAUGGUAUUAUAUGAACCAAUUUGGCCGCUACGAGAAGGCGCUGGGCAGAUUGAGGCUCCAUGUGCUGGACAAGAACGACGUCCUGGGCCACGAGGACACGACCCGCAUGGUGGCCGUCUUGUCGAGUUCGCGCGUUGGUGGCCCACCACACGACGCCUUCAACCUCGGCCGAAGGAUAGACUUGCUCAAAAGCAACAGUCAGUCGGCUCUAUCUUCGUAUCUGGCAGAGGAAGACCAGGCAACGCACUAUCUCGAGGUGCCUUUCCGAAACUUUAACCUGGCGCUCAUCGACAACGCCACCGCCGAGUACACCUUCUUGGCAACUUUCUUCUCGCCAGCACUGUCAAUGUCGCAAAUAUCUAGGAACUUCAACUACAUCUUCGAGCCCACCUUUGAGCUUGGCCAGGCGCUGACAAAGACUCUUGUCGGGGAGACGCUGGACGCCCUGGGCGUCCUGCUCUGCAUCCGGCUCAACCAGCACCUGGCGUUCGAGCUGCAGCGGCGCACGGUGCCCGCCGUGGACGGCUACGUCAACGGCACCAACAUGCUCCUCUGGCCGCGGCUACAGGUCAUCGUGGACAGGCACUGUGAGUCGGUGCGUCAGCUGACGAGCUCGCUGCCCUCGAAACCGGCCCGCUCGACGGGGGACACGGCCAAGAUGACGGCCGCACCUCACGUGGUGACGCAGCGCUUCGGCCAGCUGUUGCACGGGUUCCUCGCCCUCAGCGCCGAGGCCGGCGACGACGAGCCCGUGGUGGCGAGCCUGCGGCGGCUUCGGACCGAGGUCGAGGCAUUCCUCAACAGGCAGAGCCUGGCGUACGGCGCCGACAAGCGCAAGAGUGAGCGCUUUCUCUACAACAACUACUCCCUCAUUCUCACCAUCAUUGGUGACACUGAAGGCAAGCUGGCACGGGAACAGCAGCAACAUUUUGAACAGCUCAAAGCGGCGCAUCAAGAGCAGUCAUGAAUAGGAGGCACGUCCUUCACGACACGUACGCAUAUCGUCACGUUACGCUGCAAUGACAGGAGUUGUGUAUUGGGCCAUUUAGUGUAACAUUACUUUGACGUCCCAUCCUGGCCUCUAUGCGCGAUCGAGCCAUGGCGGAAACAAAAUCUAUAGAAUUGCCUGCCCACCCACCAGGCUC